UUAUAUACAAAUCUAAAAAAUGGCAUUCAAAAUCUAAUAUUCCAAAACAUACUAAUUUGAAUUACUCUUUUAUUCUCCUUAUCUCAUAGCAUUGAUUAAAAGAUCUAGUAUCAAUGGAGAGUGUUCAAAAAUUUCUUCAUGGAACACUUGAAGUUACAAUCUUUGAUGCCACACCUUAUUCAUCACCAUUUCCCCUCAAUUGUUUAUUUACAAAUGGAAAACCUACUUAUGUGACCAUCAAGAUAGGCAACAAAAAGGUGUCAAAAACAAGUCAAGAACAUGAUCGUAUUUGGAAUCAAACCUUUCGAAUUCUUUGUGCUCAUCCUCUAGAUUCUAUCAUCACCAUUACUAUGAAAACAAAGUGCACAAUUUUAGGAAAAUUUCAUAUCCAAGCAGAAAAGAUAGUCCAUGAAGCAACAUUCAUUGAUGGGUUUUUUCCACUAAUAAUGGAAAAUGGAAAACCGAACCACGAACUCAAACUCCGGUUCAUGUUGUGGUUCAAACCAGCCGAAUUUGAACUAAGUUGGAGAAAGAUAACGAGUAAUGGUCAAUUUCAAGGACUAAGAAAUGCUACAUUUCCUCAAAGAUCAAAUUGUCAUGUCACAUUUUAUCAGGAUGCUCACCAUCAUAACACAUUUCAGCCUCCACUUGGUAUUUGUGGGUCUCCAAGAAAUUUAUGGGAAGAUGUUUAUAGAGCUAUUGAUGGUGCUAAACAUUUGAUUUACAUUGCAGGAUGGUCUUUCAAUCCCAAAAUGGCCCUAGUUAGGGAUCCCGGAACAAGUUUAAGACAUGCAAGAGGAGUAAAACUUGGAGAGUUAUUAAAGCGAAAAGCUGAUGAAGGUGUAGCAGUAAGAAUUAUGAUCUGGAAUGAUGAGACAUCUUUGCCAAUAAUCAAGAACAAAGGAGUGAUGAAAACUCAUGAUGAAGAUGCUUUUGCUUAUUUUAGACACACUAAAGUAAUAUGCAAAUUAUGUCCAAGAUUGCACCACAAGUUCCCUACUUUCUUCGCACACCAUCAAAAAACUAUAACAGUAGAUACACGAACGAAUAACGAUUUGAGAGAAAUCAUGAGUUUUAUCGGCGGAUUAGACCUAUGUGACGGACGAUUCGACACCGAACAACAUUCAUUGUUUCAAACACUCAAUACACAAUCACAUUGUAAUGAUUUCUAUCAAACAAGUAUAGGUGGUGCUAGUUUGCAUAAAGGAGGACCAAGAGAACCAUGGCAUGAUGCUCAUGCUCGUAUUCUUGGUGAAGCUGCUUGGGAUAUACUAACAAAUUUUGAACAAAGAUGGACUAAACAAUGCGACACUUCUUCCUUACUCUCUACUCCCUCGAUUUCAAAUCUUACACGCGAUCCCGUUUCUUCAAGCAAUUUGAAUGAUAGAAAUUGGAAAGUACAAGUUUUUCGAUCGAUAGAUCAUGUUUCCGUAACCCCAUUGGCAAGAAACUUAAAGGUGGAACAAAGUAUACACGAAGCUUAUGUAGAAGCAAUUAGACGGGCAGAUCGGUUUAUAUACAUUGAGAAUCAAUAUUUCAUUGGAGGGUGUGAUUUAUGGGAUAAUAAUAAGCAUUGUGGAUGUAGAAAUUUGAUACCUAUUGAGAUUGCACUUAAGAUAGUUAGCAAGAUCAAGGCUAAACAAAGAUUUGCGGUGUAUAUAUUGAUACCGAUGUGGCCGGAAGGGGUACCGGAAAGUGAUCCUGUGCAGGAUAUAUUGCAUUGGACUAGAGAAACAAUGGCAAUGAUGUACAAGCUGAUAGGAGAAGCACUAGAGGAAAGUGGUGAGCCAUUAGGGCAUCCAAGGGAUUACUUGAAUUUCUUCUGCCUUGCUAAUAGGGAAGAAGAGGCUAAGAAAGAAUUUGUUCCUCCAUAUUCACCUCAUAAAGGUACACAAUAUUGGAAUGCACAAAAGAAUAGGAGGUUCAUGGUUUAUGUCCAUUCCAAGCUCAUCAUUGUGGAUGAUGAAUACAUAAUAAUAGGAUCCGCAAAUGUGAACCAAAGAUCAAUGGAUGGAAAACGCGACACUGAAAUUGCAAUAGGUUGCUACCAACAAGACAAUGCUCGAUCUAUUCAAGCAUACCGUAUGUCACUGUGGUAUGAGCAUACUGGCCUAGCUGAAGAAAUGCUGCUAGAGCCUCAAAGUUUGGAAUGUGUGCACAGAAUUUACUCACUAGGGGAGGGAAUGUGGAAUAUUUAUAGUGGUGAAGAAGUAGUAGACAUGGAAGGAGUCCAUUUAGUAAACUAUCCAAUCAAAGUACCAAAGGAUGGUAUUAUUGAAGAUCUUGAUGAUGGAAAUGGUAACUUUCCUGAUACUAAAGCUCCAGUAAAAGGUAGAAGGUCACAAGUGUUACCUUGUAUUUUCACCACGUAAGUCUUUAAGAGGAGUAUUGGGUUGAUCAGUAAAUUGCACCUCCACUAUGUUUAUAUCUUGUACCUUAUGUCGAUGCCAUUCUUAUGUCCUGAAAUUAAAAUCAAAACAAACUGUUAAAAGUGUUUCUGUUUCUGCAUUAAAAUGGAUUCUGAGAAGGCGCAUUAUAAAUGCUCCAUAUUAUUGAGUAAAA